AUGCAAUGCGUCAGGGCACAAUGUGGAAAAGAUGUCAUCUUCCACUUGUUGAUCCCCGCCUGGGGCCGCAUCUCCAUCAAGGAGCCCUUACAUUUCCCGGACUGCCUUCAGCCAUUUCAAGUCAAAGGAAGGAAGUACAAGGGCAAGCCUUAUGUUGAGUUUAAUCUCCCAGCAGCACCGAGUGGACUUUUGCACGGUGUUGCUAACAAUGUUCCCAAUCGCAUAUGCUCGCGCACAACCGCAAGUAUGGUGUCGGGCGCCGUAACCUUGCCAACAGUUGGCUGGGGUGUCAACGGUGCUUGUCUUGCUCUUGGGGUUGGCGUAGGUUCCCUCACACCAUUUGGGGUAUUCAUCGUCCUUCCGGUCUGGUUUGGAACUGCAAUACCGGCUAUAAGCUACACAGCGCCAAUCAUCGAAAAAUCUGUCUCCGAUGCUCUUUGUGAAGAAGAACCAAGGAUAUUAGGGUCUGACCAACGCUUACACAUGACUUAA